AUGAAUUUGUACAUUGGACCAGUCGAGGCUUGUAGACGAAUUGUGCCAUAUUGGGUGAGAAAUGCAAGAAUAAUCGACGAGUAUCUCAUCGAAUGUGAUUAUGCUGUUCAUGGAGACGUCGGAAAGUUUUCUGAAAUAUUCUUCGAAGAAUACGCACUACCGAAUAAUCAGGUGUAUCCGACAUUUGGAAAAUAUGGAAGUUCAUUCCAUCCAAAUGAAGCAAGCACUAAAGAUGAAGACAGGAUAUGCAGUAAAUUGAUGGGUUCUUUUUCUGAUUUCGGACAGCAUCAGUUUAUUAGAUUCAACGAGGAUAAUUCUUUGAAACUCUCAAUUCCUCCGAGUUAUUUCUCGCAGACCAAAUAUGUUCACACGGGAAUCAAAAAAGCUACCAAUUCAACCCGAUCGUGUGGUGAAUUCGGGAAUGAAGUCUGUAAUGCGAGAAGGAACUUGACGGCAUCGACGAUAAUUAUAACGGAUGGAAGUAAUUGGCAAUUAACAUCAGCUCCUUUCGGCCAACGAUCUCCAAUGUAUUGCCAGUCACGGUACUACAAUUUCGAUGAAAACGGCUAUUGUCGGAGUGAUUUCACUCCGUUUAUCAAAGGAAAUUAUAUGGCAUGCCAUAAGAUUGCCAUCGUGAUUUUCGAUGCGUCCUUGGCGGCUGGUGCGAGCAUUCAGACAGUAAAUGCGUGCAUCCCGAAGGCUUUCUGGAGCCCAGUUGUUGUUGUAAUAGAAAAACCCAAGUGUCUGGCUGGAUGGGAUUCUCAAAUAGACAUCGAUAGGUGGGGAAAUAUCAAGUGCAAAUUGCCGAAUACUUCGCUUGAGGACUGUUGCUAUAUCGUCCAUCCGAAGUCGUUGCUCAAUCACUCUUUGUUCGACUAUACAAAAUCGACAGAAGACUAUCCACAAUGCGAAUCGAACAUUGACUGCGGACCCAAAAUGUUCUGCGACUACCUGGUCAACAAGGAUAGGGAAGUUUCUAAUAGAACUGGAUGUUUCAACAUCACGAAAAGAGCGGACACCGCGACGAAAUUUCUUUUUGAUAUUGGAAUUCGGAUGUGCAAAUCGGACGACGAAUGUGGCGAAUUCGACUGUUUGGAUGUGACUAACGAAACUUAUGGAUUCUGCGGAACUCGUGAAUUCUGCCAGAUCAACGUUGAAGCCCCCGCCAAGAAGCCGCUCGUCCCGUGUUUAGAUGAUAUGGAUUGUGUCCAUUUGAUGAAUGGAAUGGUCGGAUCCGCCGGACUGAUUCCCAACGCCUAUUGCAACAAAACAGGAGAUUUCUGUUGUUCCGGAUUGCUGGACGUCUGCUUUGGCGGCAAUCUCGUCCGGCCAUUGCGUAAGUGCGAAGCUGGAACAAUGGCCGGAUUUGAGACCUGCAAUCCGGACAUGGGAAAUGGGGAUCUCCUGGGAUUCUGCACAGACAUCGGAGUCUGCUGUGAAGGCCCUUAUGAAGAGCCUGUGGUUUGCCCGGACGGUGUGCACUCGCUCUUCAUCGAGCCGGCGUGCCACCGUGGAGAUUCCGGAUACCUGGAGUGCCCACAAAACAUCGACAAUUGCACUUGUGUAAUGGGGUGGCCGUGCCCGUCAAUUGCCGCCAACUCGUUGUUGGUCAAUUUUGGCCGCCCGUUUGUAGGCCAGAUUGCGUGCGAUCCGUCGCGCCCGAUCUGCAAACGGGCGGUCAACGGGUACUGUCACCCCGUGACCCACACGAUAGCGCUUUAUGGAAGGUUCUUCCCGGAUUUCUUCGGGUUCGUCGAAACCAGGAAGUGCCAGAUCAACAGCGACUGCGAGACUAACGAAGUGUGCGUCUAUUAUCUCGAAGAAGGUCAAUGCGCGGCUUUCCCCAAUCCGAAUUUCCUGGAGAAUGAGAAUGAUGAAGAGGAAGAGGACGGUUGGGCCGAAUGGGCGGUGGAUUUGUACCGGCAAACCGCGUAUGGAAUAGCCAUCGUGUGGGUGUGCUUCAGGAUUUAUCGGUUCUUCGAAGUACGAUAUUUCCCGAACGCCUACGACCAAAGAAUAGCGCUGGAAGAGGCGUACGAAGAGAUGAUGAUGAGGCGAAUGGAGGAACGGCACGAAGAGAUUCUGGAGAAUUGGCGGCGGGAGAAGUACGGCACACGGCACACGAAGCAAACAUGUGAGUGCGUUACGUCGACCGAAACGCCGUCUUCUCUUUAUUCGUCGGAACUGAGCGAGGCUGAGAAGAGAAAGAAGUGGACGAAGACCUUCCGAAGAGGAAGAGGAAGACGGGUGAUGAAGCAAAAGAAAAGAAUGCACCAAAGAAGAAGAAACAAUAAGCGUGCAAGAAUGGAAAAAUCAAACGAAAAGCAUAUGAGACGAAGCACACAAGUGUUCUUGAAGGCCUUUCUAUACGGUGCCCCGUUAUUCAUCAUUAUCGUUUUUGGAUUCUUCUUCAUUCCCGAUGUUGUUUCCAAUGCAAUCACUGCCGAAAUAGAAGAAUUGAUGAAGGAACUCAAAGAUAUUGGUCAAGAUGCAAUUUCGGGCGCUUCGAAUGAUAAAGACGAGUUUCUCAAAGCGCUGGCCAAUGGAAAAGUGACCAUCGCCGAUUAUGUCUCCCGCGAAGAAGCCAUGAUCAUCAUUCCAACACUUGUGAUGACAGCCCUGUUUUUGCUCGCUGUUCAUGGAGACGUCGGAAAGUUUUCUGAAAUAUUUUUCGAAGAAUACGCGCAACCGAAUAAUCAAGUGUAUCCGACAUUUGGAAAAUAUGGAUUCAACGAGGAUAAUUCUUUGAAACUCUCAAUUCCUCCGAGUUAUUUCUCGCAGACCAAAUAUGUUCACACGGGAAUCAAAAAAGCUACCAAUUCAACCCGAUCGUGUGGUGAAUUCGGGAAUGAAGUCUGUAAUGCGAGAAGGAACUUGACGGCAUCGACGAUAAUUAUAACGGAUGGAAGUAAUUGGCAAUUAACAUCAGCUCCUUUCGGCCAACGAUCUCCAAUGUAUUGCCAGUCACGGUACUACAAUUUCGAUGAAAACGGCUAUUGUCGGAGUGAUUUCACUCCGUUUAUCAAAGGAAAUUAUAUGGCAUGCCAUAAGGUCAGUUAA